GGAGGAGUGGCUGGUACCUUCUCGACACUGCUUACACAACCGAUGGAUGUCAUCAAGACAAAUAUGAUUUUACGAGCUGAUGCUUUUGCAAAGAGUGAAAGAGUUCAUCCAAGAGAAACAAUGAUGACGACAGCAAGACAUAUUUAUAAAGAACAAGGAAUUAAAGGAUUAUAUAGAGGAACCAUACCAACAUUUAUUAGAGUUGCUCCUGGAUCAUUGCUCUAUUACAACAUGUUAAGCUAUUUGAAAGAAAUGACAAUCACAGCCAAGACACAUUCUAUUGAUGCUUUGGCAAAGAGUCGACUUUCACCAACAGAGAGUUUUUUAAUUGCAGCAUUUAGUAGAGGAUUGACAGGAGUAAUUUUGUGUCCGAUAACAGUUGUUAAAACAAGAUUAGAAUUUAUGGAAAACAAUAGAGGAGUUUUGGAGACAUUUUCACAUAUUGCAAAGAAUGAAGGUUUAAGAGGAUUCUUUUCAGGAUUAUUUGCUACCUUAGUGCGAGAUAUCCCAAAUGCUGGAUUGAACUUUUUGUUUUAUAAUCAAACAAGAUAUGCACUUACAAAUACAUUCUACAAGGGAAGAGAGAAGGAGAUGGAAACAAGCCCGUUCAUUACAAUGCCUAGUGGCGCUGUUGGAGGUGUUCUUUCAUCAGUUAUUACACAUCCAUUUGAUAUGAUUAGAACAAGAUUGCAACUUGAACCAAGUUCAAAUACAAAAGCAUAUAAUGGAGUAAUUCACGCAUUGGUUACAAUCACUAAGAACGAAGGAUUCAGAACUCUAUUCAGAGGUGUAAGCCCAAGAAUUAUGAAAAGAGCUUUUGCUUCUGGGUUGAGUUGGACAAUAUUAGAA